GGCUGAUAACAGGCUCAUUUGUUUUCAUUUGUGCUUAGCUCUGGAAGACAGAACAAACUCUGGAUCCUGGGGAGCAGGAGAUCAGCCUAGUCCAUCCAGGAACUAUGGUGAUGGAGUGCAUUAUGAGCAAGUGACCAACAGGGACCUUGGAUCGCAUGACAACAUUUCCUCCUCUUCCUUCAUGAAUUCCCGACUUGUAGGCAAAGCAGAGAGAGCAUCAUUCCCAUUUGGGAGGGACUCAAACAUGCAGGGCUGUCAGCUCCAUUUGACUGCCAUGAGAAGAGGAAUGCGUUCAAAGUCAAGUCUCCUUGGGCCUGACAUAGGUAUAGGCAGUCCAGGUGCCAUAUCACCUACAGGCACCAAGCCUGGCUCACAGUAUUAUCCAUAUUCCAGCAAUAAUUCCCGUCGGCGACCAAUACAUGACUCCUCAAUGGAAAUUCCACCGAAAAAGGUUAGGAAGGUUCCUCCAGGCUUGCCAUCUUCAGUGUAUGCCCCAUCAGCAAGUGCUGCCGAUUAUAAUAGGGACUCUCCUGGCUACCCUUCCUCCAAGCCACCUACAAGCACAUUUCCCAGUUCAUUCUUCAUGCAGGAUGGGCACCACAAUUCCGAUCCAUGGACUUCCUCUGGUGGAAUGAAUCAGCCCAGUUAUGGAGGAAUGUUGGGAAACUCCUCCCACACUCCACAGUCCAGCAGUUACUGCAGUCUGCACCCUCACGAGCGCCUGAGCUACCCACCACACUCCUCAACGGACAUCAAUGCCAGUCUCCCACCGAUGUCCAGUUUCCACCGCAGUGGCACAAAUCACUAUGGCGCUGCAUCCUGCACACCGCCUGCUGCCAACGGAACAGACAAUAUCAUGGUAACCAGAGCAGCAGCGCCAACUGGCAGCUCACAGACUGGCGAUGCACUGGGUAAAGCACUUGCAUCAAUCUACUCACCAGACCACACUAACAACAGCUUCCCUUCAACUCCAUCAACGCCUGUUGGAUCUCCGCCAACCCUCACAGCAGGUACCUCUGUGUGGUCUAGAAAUGGAGGCCAGGGUCCAUCUUCCCCCAAUUACGAAGGCCCACUUCACUCUUUGCAAACCCGAAUUGAAGACCGCUUGGAAAGAUUGGAUGAUGCCAUUCAUGUCCUGCGAAAUCAUGCAGUGGGACCCUCUACAGCCAUGCCUGGUAGCCAUAGCGACUUGCACAGUUUAAUAGGGGCAUCACAUAAUGGACCUAUGGGAGGUUUGGCAUCAGGAUAUGGGACAGGCUUGCUGUCAGCCAACCGACAUACUUUAAUGGUGGGAGCUCAUCGUGAAGAAGGUGUUGGCCUCCGAGGCAGCCAUCCAAUUGUGUCAAACCAAGUGCCAGUUCCACAGCUUCCAGUGCAGUCAGCUACAUCUCCUGAUAUAAACCAGUCCCAGGACCCAUACAGAGCUCUUUCCAGUGGUCUCCAAGGACAGAGCGUGUCAUCAGUCAGCUCAGAGAUAAAAUCAGAAGAGGAACCAGAUGAGAAUCUACAGGAUUCAAAAUCUACAGAUGACAAGAAGGGGGAUGAGGACAAGAAGGAUAUCAAGAUAUUAAAUAGCAAUAAUAACGAUGAUGAAGAUCUUUCUCCUGAACAGAAGGCUGAACGUGAGCGAGAAAGAAGAAUGGCCAACAAUGCGCGUGAACGUCUGCGUGUGCGUGACAUUAAUGAAGCAUUUAAGGAACUCGGCCGUAUGGUGCAGCUCCACCUGAAGAGUGACAAGCCACAGACAAAGCUUUUGAUUCUUCACCAGGCAGUUGCUGUUAUUUUGAGCCUGGAACAGCAAGUCCGAGAGAGGAACCUGAAUCCUAAAGCAGCUUGUCUGAAAAGAAGAGAGGAGGAAAAAGUGUCAACAGAUCCACCGCCACUCUCCCUUGCAGGAGUCCACCCGAAUAUGGGAGACACAUCCAACCAAAUGGGCCCAAUGUGAAAAGAGGCCCAUGGUGCCAGAUCAACAAAAAAUAAGUGAGAGACCAUUUUCCUUGACAACUGUAUUAUCUUACAAAAAUGUAAACACUCUGCCCACUCCCCUUUUUUUGUAAAAUGGAGACAUAUUAAAAGCAGUCACGAAAAUGAAUCACAGACGAGAGAGAAUGAGCGAAGGAAAAAAGAGAAUACUGCAUUCCCAACAAGCAAAGUACAACUUGGGGGACAAACUCAAAACAUAUCAUUCAGAAUGUUGAGCAGUAUGUUGCAAGCUGUUAAUGUACAGCCUAGAGACUGAAUGGCAAUCUUCUCCACACUGUGGAAAAUGCAUUUGUGCCUGAACUUCUGUAAAAAAAUAAAAUUAAAAAAAAAUCAAUUUGUAGGUUGAAAAAAAUAUUUAUUUGAAAUCGUAACCUUGCAAUAAUGAAAAGUGUACUUCUGAUAAAAAAAAGGAAAAAAAAUACAAUUUAACAUUAUUUUGUUUUGUUGGUGUUCUAGUCAGCUAGUGUUUGUUCUCUGGAGAGAGUGAAGCUUUGCUGCCCGUCAACAUCCAGUAUUCACAAAAACCAGCAACUGUCCUAAUGGUAACUUAGGUGAUGACUGCUUAGCCAUUCCUUUGUCUGCAUGGGAGUAACGGAUGGAAUAAUGGGCCUGUUGGUGGUGUAAUCCGUAUGUAUAUUGCGAUGCCUGUGUUUUUUUUUGUGAUUUUUAUUCCUGUCAUUUUCCUGCAGUUAUAGAGUAUUUGAUGGAAAAUAGGUCACAUCCUCUGCCUUUUAGCAAGAAUUGUUUAUAUUGGAAACUAAAAUCAACAUGAAAGCUUUUUUGAAUUUAAAUGUGAUAUAAUGACAGUGGUCAGCAUGGCUGUUGUGUGGAAUCCAAGAAAAAUGAAUAGUUUGGGGUACAAAAUUCAUAAUGGCACUGUUACUAAAUUAAGUUUCUUCUUUUGGGAGGAUGCUUUGUGGUUUCUGUAAUUAGGAUAGUAAGUGGAAACUUACCUCAAUGGCUUGGUGGACAAAGGGAGUGUUCAGUGAACUGCACCCUAGAAACCAGGCCCAAUCUGUAAUCUUUGCUUAGUUAACUGAUCUCAACCAAGGAUACGAUAUGGGUGCUGCAAAGGGCCCUCAUGCUUCUUGACAGGAGGACGGUAAUGUCAGUCAAUAUUCUUGUUCCCAAUUAUGUACCAGUGAAUUCUGCAGGAAAAUUCAUUUGGGUGGCAAUUGGACUUAACUACAAUCCCCCUUGUGCUAAAACAACCUGCUGAAAUCUGUUUACUGAGCUCACUGCUUCAAGUUAGGUAACUGGUGCCUAUCAAACCACGCCCCAAAACUGGCUGGACGUUUAGGAGGCAAGGGGCAAAAAUUGAAAGGACAACAGAAUACAGAGUGCAGAACAAGACAUUAUAAUGAUCAGUUAUGAAUAGGGGAACCCUAAAGUAAGGGUAAAUGAAGGUUUCCACUAUAAUAUAUACAAAAUAUUAUAACAGCAGAAAUAUCCAUUUGCAUUCCAUUUUUACCAUGAUAUCUAAUACUAUAUGUGUAUGGUGUGUGUAUAUAUAAUAGUUCUUUAAAAAAGUUCUACUCCAUAUGACUUCUACUCCAUAUGACCAGUGUGAUUCCUGGAUGAGAAGAAAUCCUGCAAUUCGCUCUUUGAUUUAUUGUAAAUGUUCUGGUUACAGAAGCUUUCCACUUAGGUUUUUUAAGCAUUUGUACUAAACUUGGAUGAUAAUAUAGUUCUGUGCAGAGGUUUGCCUAUGAUCAAUCUGAAGAGUCAGCUUAGUUCUAUGCAUGUCAGGAGUAGUGAAAACAAGUGCUUUAGGCAGGUCUACUGCAGAUAUAUUUAUGCAAUGUAACGUGAAGUAGCAGCUUACUUCUACGUGUAAAGAAAGUUAAGUUAUAAAAGCAAAAUGCUCAUUUAAAGCGAACAAGAGCUGCACACUUACGCACACAUGCUGACCAUCUCAGUGCACCGUCGUUGCACAAGUUGCAUUUUCUCUGUGAAGAUGUUAUGCAUUAAAAAGUAGCAAUAGACCUAGGCAAUUUUCCUUUUAAUUCAAUCCCUGCAGAGGCAAAUCUGUCUGUGUUAAAGCGGAAAUAGCUCUGUGAUUGAAGUGGAGCAGUGCUAAUGGUGCAAUAUCCACUUCGAGUGAUUCAGAGUUGGUUAAAUUCUGUGUUGUUGGAAAUUUUAGGAGGUAACAUUUACAUGUGGUAUACUUCUCUCUCUAUUCUUCCUGAUAGACAGAUUUUCAUACAGGUUGGGGAAUUAUGUCAUUUAGAGCUGCUCGAGAGGGGGUCUUAAGCAGGUCUUGUGGCAUGGGGUAAUUUAUUAUAUGGGUUUCCAUUGGCAGGAACAUCAAAAUCUAAGCCAGAUCUCACCCACUAUAGUUCCCUGUCUGGAUCCAGACUUGAUAGUAUUUAAUAAUCCAAGUCAGUACUGGAUUUUAGAAUUUGGGAAACAUCUAGUAAACUUCUACUAGGAUUCCUGCCUUACGACGUUUAUACAGGUCCAUUAGUGGCUUUGAGUUCAAGAUCUAUCUGUACUGCUGGUACAGUGAUCAGUACUGGUAUAUAUAUGUUCAACAAAUGCCAGCUACAUAAAUUUGGCAUUAUAGCCAGAUUUGUGUUGUUUGAAAGGAGUCUUAUUUUCCAUCAAAUAGUGUAUCUGUGGAGAAUUAAGUAAUACCAGAUUAGAUUUUAUCUGAAGCUGUUAUUUAACCCUUUGAGCACUGCAGUAAAAUCCAAAAAGUUUCAUCAGUUCACAUAAUGAAUUGAGAAAACAUCAGAAUUAAUACAUUCCCUAAAGUUGUUUUUAGUUCACUGGUAACUGCCCUCCCUGCCAGUGCAGAGUGUUUAUUUGCAUGUGCCCAGAGUACAUGCUAGCUUCUUGCUCCCAUACCUCUGUCAAUGUGAAUUUGUAAGUGAUCAAUUUGAGGUGUGCAAGAACAAAAGUUGGGAGUCUCAUCUAUUCACUGCUUCCAUAGAAGGUCACAGCGCACCCUGUCCCUAUUGAACAAGGAGGUCACAAUAAGCAUCUCAACAUUUGGAACUAACACACAGUCUUGUUAAUACACCAAUGCACUGUUCCAGCACAGCUCCACACUUUGUUUCCCCCCCCAAAAAAUGUAAAGGAACUUGUAUUCCCUGUUCUCGCACAAACGGAUGGUUUGUCUCUUGAAAGCAGCAGCAGCCUUUCUGUGCUCAGAGGGUUAAAGUCACAGAACAUAAAGAUUGUUGUGGUAUUGAUUGGGGUUCCAUUUAUCAAACAAUAAAUGAUGAAGGGAUUCAGUGCUGCUGAAUCCUGGCUGGCCCCUGGUUCGGAACUACUACAGGGUGAGAGCGUGGAUGGGAAUGAAACGUGGGAGGUGCUUACCCCUGGCUCAGGUACACACUGAUCCGGAUUCUAUUGUAGCAGGAAUCUGGUGGGAGAGCUCAGGCCACUGUAAGAGCACGAUCAUAUAGUUAAUAAAAAGACGGAUAUCAGAACACUCUUGCUACCCUCUGCACAAACUGCUUGGAAAUCUGAAUGUGCUGAAAAAUAAAACUUGACAUGGAAUGCUUGAACUUGCCCAGUCCCAGAAACGAAGCACAUUUCCAUGCACCAAGUGCUGAGGGGAAGGAAACUGUCCACAGCAUAAUGGAUUAAAAUGUAACCAUUUACAUCAAUCAGCACCAAAAGCAAUUAUACUAACACUGCCUGCUAACGUGGUUUAAAGCGGUUAACACUUCAGGUUUUCUUGGUUUUCUUUUUUUUCCUCUCAACAAAAAAGUACUGUAGUAGAUUAGAGACAAAAAAAUAAAAACAGUGACGAUUAUCGAUAGUGGAUAUGCAGCUUGUGACUUUGACAAGAGCAGCAAGGUCUAGAAGCCCGAGCGCAAAAAACAAACAACGAGGGGCUUCGAGAAACUUGUCAGUUUUCUAGUGUUUCUUUAAAGAACUUAGCAAUAACGAACGAGAAAGUGUGCAUUAUUUGUGAAGGACGCUGACCAGCAUUAGUUUAUGCAUGAGGUGAAGCUUGGAAAAAUCAUAGCGACUAUCAACAUAAAAGGGGUUUCAUAUAUUGUACAUAGUUUUUAAAAAAAAAUCCCACCAAUAAUCAUAAUAUAGAUUUUGUUAUAUUCAACAUGAUAAAAGCAAGCAUUAAUGUGGGAGUUGGGAAAAGUCAUUAUUGAUCGUUUGUUUUCUUUUUGUUUACAUUCUUGUGCAGAGAGCACAUACACUAGUUUGGAGGGUGGAUAUGGUUUAUGCUCUUAAAAUAUCAUUUUUAAAACAAAAUACAACAGCACUGGAAUUUUAGUGUAUGUGCGUGGCCUGAAAAUUCUCCGAGUGUAAGGCUUACCAAACUAUUAGGAGCCAAUAAUUCCUACACUUUAGAUUGUGUAGACUUGAAACAUUCCUGGCAGUGAUAUGACCUCUGCUUUGAGCAGAGUUUCAGAAGAAAGUCACAUUUUGGUGUAAAAAGAUGACAAAAAAUAGGAAGAAAAAAUGGUCCAUCUCCUCUCCCUAAUAGUAAUUAACUAUCACUUUAAAACAAAAUUGCAAAACUUUGUGUGUUAUAUGCAGCGACAGGCAAAUUUUGCAGCUGUGUUUGAAUUCUUUGUGUAAAAGCUAAAAGUUAUAUUUUUACAUGUAGACUUAAAAGUUAUUCUGUGUUUUUGAAUAUGCCAUGAGGUUUUGUUUUGCUUUUAAAAAGAAAUACAAUGGAAUCCCUGUGGUUUAAAAAAGUGUCUCGUUUAAACAAGAUAGUAAAAUUUCAAGUAGCAUUGUCAAGGAAUUUUACAAGCACACAUGUUUCUGGAAACUUAUUUCAAAAAAAGGAACAAAAUAAGGUAUUUCAAAUUUAUUUCCUACUAAAUGUUUGAUCUAAAUCACUCUGCUGUUGGAAUAUUGUAGAUAAUGAUUACAUUUGUGAGUGUACAGGGUUUCAGUAUUUUGAUGGGCAGUUCAUGAUACUUUUGUAUGCAUGGAUGUGGAUCAAGCAACCAAUUGAUUUCCAUUUGACGCUGUGAAUUGGAAAGGAGCAAUGUCACUUAACCGAAGUAAAAAUCAGUUUUUAGAUGCUGUGCCUGUAGAAAGAGCACAACACUUCAUGAAAUCAAUUCAAAAAGGCUGCAAUCUAAACUUGUGAUGAGAACUGAAAUGUUGUUACUCUUUUCACCACUGCUUAUUUAAGUAUAGUGAUUAAUAAAAGACUUAGGUUAUUCAGAGAUUUGGAGUCAAGGAGGGUUAAUGGGGCUAAGAUAUAGGUCAGCCACAAUCUAAUUGAAAGAGUUAAGGCUCUGAAUAGCCUACUCCUGUUCCUUUGUUCCAUCUUGCGUUCUUAAAGUACUUUGGAUACAAAUGAAUGAAAGUUGACUACUUAAGGGCUAACUGUUGUGGUGUGAAGAGCUGCACAAAUAAGCUAUGUAAGGUAAGUGUGGUAUAUGCUUACAUGGUUAGCUGUGUGCCCUACUACAAUCAGGUAUUAAUGAAUGGUUUAACUAUGUUGAGUACAGUAAACCAGUUGAAGUAUGAUUCCAGCUGUAACCGCAAUGAUUAACUACUUCAUAAUUUUACAUGCCAAAUGGUUUGAAAUCGUGCUGUUGAGGCAAUGUUACAUUGGUGAAGAAAUAUCUUCCAGUAGGUUUCUCUGUCGAUCUCCUGACUGUAUUGGAGAAGGUCUGGUUUAUAUGUAGAGGAGGAAAUAAGGUGAUUAUUUCAAACUCAGAGUGGCUUCUCACCAUUGGAAAAGAAUAUGACAGGAAAGAAAAUAGCUAAGGAUAUACAAUAACAUGGUUAGGCAUUGAUGGGUUGUCAGCUGAGCUACUUUGUGUGUCUAAACAUGAGCUAUUAAAUAGAAGUUUCCUAUGAGUAUAUGUUACUCGUUACACUGUAACAACAUUCUUGAUAUAAUGAGUAAUUAAGAUGUGGAAGAUUAAACCUGAAUUUAAAAAGGUUAGUGCAGUUUACUUUUAUUUAAAGGCUGUUCGCAACCAGGUGUCCAAGUUUCAAGUUUUGUUCAGGGAAGGAUAGGGGGUUUCUUUACUUUGUGGUUUAAGAUCUUGAGUAGAAUCAAUAUCACAAACAUACUAUUUGAGAAAUAUUGUGCCAUUAUUGUUAAUACAUGACAGUAUAAAGGAAUUUUAUUUGAUGUACUAUUAUUUAGAGACAGUUGGAUUUGAACAGGUGACACACAAUUGAUUUUGCCAAAAUAUGACAUUUACAAUACCUCUUUAUUUAAUUGAGCAUGUAUUGCAUGUGUUAUCAUCUGAGACACUAUUUAGUUAAUGUGCAAAAGAGUUAUAACAUUUUACUUCUAAAAAUCAGCAAUAACAUCAAAUAAGCUUAUUACCUUAGUCUUAUAAAUGGAUCCACUUCCCUGCCUAUAACAGUUCAUAAACUGAAUCAACUGCUCACUCAUCAGUAUCCAUUGUCUUCAAUGUAGCUGUAAUUAACACUAACGCCUAUAAACUGUCAAUUGAAUCAAUGAUGCAAUUUGUAAAUUUAUCCAGUCUUCCGAUUUUUUUCUAAUUUUGUUCAGUUUUUGUUUUAUUUUCCUUUUGUAAUUUUUUUUGUAUCAGGCAAUUUUUUUUUUAAAUAAAAAAGUGAACACUCUCCAGAAAUGAUUUAGCGUUUGAUAUGAACAAGCACAAACAUUAGCCAAUUAUAGCUGACUGGAAAAAAUAUAGCUAAAAUUUUAAAAAGGAGAUGUAAUUCCAUAAAAUGGGGCACCAAGGCUUUUAUGAGCCCACUUUUACAGACAUUUUUCUCAUGGACUCUUAUUCAUCUUGUGCAGUGCUGGUUUACCAUGCUCAUUUCAAGUAUUAUAGACAUAUGUAAUGGUGAGAAUAUGAACUGUGGCCUUUUUCAUUCUUGUACUUGUGAUGCAAUUAAGUGAAGAGAAAAGCAGAGAAUUACCAUGUAUCAGUGCCUGGCUUUUUGUUAUAAAGCUUCUUUUGUCUAGUGCUCUUUUUGCUAUGAAAUAGACUGUAGUACACCCUAUAAAAGCUAAAUUUAAAGAAAAAAAUAUAUUUGGCUUAUUUUUCGCAGGAGCAAUCCUUUUAUACCAUGGAUCUUGAAAAAAAAAAUUCUCGGAUUCUGAAUAUUUCUCUUUGUAGAUUUUUGGAAUCAUUCUGAGUAAAAGUUUGUUACUUUAUUUUACUAUUUAAAAGAUGUUAUUUUACCAUGUGUUACUGAGAUGAACUGUAUGGUAGCGUUUUAGUUGUAAGUCGUAUGAUGUCGCGACUACACAUAGCUGCAGCAGUGAAGAAAAAAAACCUAUUUCACCUUUUUCCCAUUUGUGUGGCUCGAGUGCCUCAACUUUUCAUGUUUUUUUGGUGUUUUUCAGAUUUGUAGAAAUGUCCGAACAGAUUGUUUGCUGGAGUAUUCAAAGGCCAGCUCGAUGUAGGCCAUUACCUGUUUAUCAUCAGUAGUUAUUCCAAGCAGUCAUGUACAUGACAGUUCUGUAGCAAUAAAUGUGCCAUUUUUAUAAA